AUGUUCACUUGUACAAACAAUGUAGCUGAAUACGAGGCAUGCAUUUUGGCACUUCAGAUCGCCAUUGAGAAAAAGGUCAUGGUUUUAAAAGUUUUUGGUGACUCGACAUUAGUUCUUUACCAAUUCAGAGGAGAAUGGGAAACAAGGGAUUCUAAACUGAUUCACUAUAAAACAUAUGUCCAAUUUUGUAAUUUGCCAAGAGAAGAAAACCAGUUAGUAGAUGCAUUAGCUACUCUAGCCGCCAUGUUCAAAGUAGGAUCCAAAACAAAAGUGCAACCUAUACUACUAAAGGUCAAGGACUCGAUGACCCACUGCACAGGAGUAAAAUUGAGAACGAAUGGGAAACCAUGGUAUGUUGACAUUAAGCAGUAUUUGCAAUACCAGCAAUACUCAGAUUUCACCUUAGAAAAUGAUAAACAAAUAAUUAGGAGGUUGGCUAUGGGUUUCUUUUUGGACGCUGAGUUUUUGUACAAAAGAGGACAUGACCAAACCCUAUUGAGAUGUGUCGACACAGAAGAGGCGAAUCAGAUAAUGAAGGAAAUCCAUAAUGGAAUAUGUGGAGCACAUAAUAACGGACAUAUGAUGGCAAGGCAAAUCAUGAGGGCUGGAUAUUUCUGGUUAACGUUGGAAUGA